CUCUCAAAGAAGAAGGUGGGGUUCAAUAUUCAGCACUUCAAAAAAUUCCGCUCCUGCCAACUGCCAUGUUCAAUCUCCCAUGGCAGGAAGGAAGAGAACGCUGGAACCACCGUUAACCACCAGAUCAUCUUCUAUCGUCAGAGUCUUAUAUUUUCUUUUGUCGACUUUUAUGAUUACAAGCAGAGUCUUAUACCUUCUGUAAGCCUCCUAAAAUAAACAGGUAAUUUCUUCAAACUAGUUCCUAAGCUGUUGAUGAUUGAUAUGCAAAAACUUACUUGAUAAUCACAGAGAGCUGAUUUAGGCAAAGCCCAGUUCCCUGUUUAAAUUUUGAAGUGCUUUGUGGGGUUAAAAGAUCGAAUCUUUCUCUCUUUCAUGUCAUGUUGUGGAUGGGUGAAGAGGGAAUACCUGCAGAUGUAAAAAAUACAACUAAAACAAGUCGAAAACUUACCCUUUUGCCUCUUAUUGCCUUAAUAUUCUAUGAUGUAUCUGGGGGUCCUUUUGGCGUAGAGGAUUCAGUGAAAGCUGGAGGUGGACCUUUGUUGUCUUUGCUCGGUUUCUUGAUAUUCCCUUUAAUUUGGAGUAUUCCAGAAGCUCUAAUAACAGCAGAGCUAGCCACAAGUUUCCCUGAAAAUGGUGGGUAUGUUAUUUGGAUAUCUUCAGCUUUUGGUCCCUUUUGGGGUUUCCAAGAAGGGUUUUGGAAAUGGUUUAGUGGAGUAAUGGAUAAUGCCCUUUACCCCGUGUUGUUUCUUGAUUACUUGAAACAUUCGUUUCCCAUUUUUAACCAAUUAAUUGCAAGAAUUCCAGCUCUAUUAGGAAUUACAGUUGGUUUGACAUAUUUGAACUAUAGAGGACUACACAUUGUUGGAUUUUCAGCUGUUUUGCUUGCUGUUUUUUCUCUAUGCCCAUUUCUUGUAAUCGGUAUCAUUUCGAUUCCUCGAAUUAAGCCUAAACAAUGGUUAGCUGUGGAUUUUAAGAAAGUAGAAUGGAGGGGAUACUUCAAUAGCUUGUUUUGGAAUUUGAAUUAUUGGGACAAAGCAAGUACUCUUGCAGGGGAGGUUGAAAAUCCUAGUAAGACAUUCCCAAAGGCGCUCUUUGGGGCUGUAUUGUUGGUGGUCUCCUCGUAUUUGAUUCCACUCCUUGCGGGCACUGGGGCACUGAAGACCCCAUCAAGUGAGUGGACUGAUGGAUACUUUGCAGAAGUUGGAAUGUUGAUUGGAGGGGCUUGGCUUAAAUGGUGGAUCCAAGCAGCUUCUGCUAUGUCUAAUUUGGGAUUGUUUGAAGCAGAGAUGAGUGGUGAUGCCUUUCAGCUUCUUGGCAUGAGUGAAAUGGGAAUGCUCCCUGCUAUUUUUGCUUCAAGGUCAAAAUAUGGGACACCCACGAUUAGCAUACUGUUUUCUGCCACUGGAGUAAUCUUAUUGUCGUGGAUGAGUUUCCAAGAAAUCCUGGAAUUUAUAAACUUCUUAUAUGCCAUCGGAAUGCUUCUUGAGUUUGCAGCUUUUAUAAAACUGAGAAUUACAAAACCUGAACUUCAUAGACCUUAUAAAGUCCCAUUGGAAACAUGUGGUGCAACAAUGCUUUGCAUACCUCCUGCAAUAUUGCUUCUUCUUGUUAUGUGCUUGGCUUCUCUUAGGACAUUCUUAGUAAGUGGUGCUGCUGUUGUUGUUGGGUUCAUUUUAUACCCAACUUUGGUUCAUGCGAAGAACAAGAAAUGGACCAAAUUUGUUAAAGAACAGCCUGCAGGGCCUUCUACUACUAGCGCGCCAGACAACUCAGUUAUGCCACAAAUGAAUCAAGAAGAUGCACAUGAGGCUGAAGUUAUGCUUCUUUCAGAUUUAUCCACUACAGGAACAGACCAAGAAGGUUAUGAAAUUCUGGUGGAGGGAAAGUUAGAAUAAGACAUAGUGACUGUGAUCUUCGAAAAAGUUAGUACUCACAAAUUGUAUUUCAAGAUUUACAGAAUGGCAUUAGAAAUGUGUAGAUGUUAUCUUUAUUUAAUCAUAUAUGUAGCAUCAUUCAAUGAUGUUCAUAAUAAAGUGAAAGUUCAUACCUUUAAAGA